UUGCGUAUGUGACUUGGUUUGGUGUGAACCACUGCAUCAACCAUGCCCGUGACCAACCACCACCACCACCUCCAUGCUCCUCUUCGCUCCACCCCUUCUUCCUCUACUUUUUCAUCAUCAUCUUCUUCUUCACAUUCUUUCACCUCAAAGAUCCUCCUUCUUCUCACUAUUCUCCCUGUGUCCUUGGCAGCCAUAGCAUUCAUCCUUCAAUGGCGUGGUGGCAUCACCGAUCCAACCACCCUUUUGUCUCCUCCAGGUUCCCAUCACUUCCCUGGUAUGGACCCUUCUCCUCUUUCCCCUCUCUCCCAUUCCUCUUCCUCUGACUGUGUGAAUCUUGGACGCACCUCUUCCCCUUCCUUCCCUUACUACCAUAACUGGAAGCUUGACUAUGGAGCUAGUCUAAGGCCAAAGAUUUGUGUUACGAGUAGCACAUCAGCAGGGCUUGAGCAGAUUCUACCUUGGAUGUUUUAUCAUAAAGUAAUUGGAGUGACAAACUUUUUUCUUUUUGUGGAGGGGAAGGCUGCUUCUCCUGAAGUAUCAAAGGUCCUGCAAUCAAUUCCUGGUGUAAAGGUUAUAUAUAGAACAAGAGAGCUGGAAGAACAACAGGCUAAGAGCCGUAUUUGGAACGAGACAUGGCUGGCAGGUUUCUUUUAUAAGCCAUGCAAUUAUGAACUUUUUGUGAAGCAAUCCCUCAAUAUGGAGAUGGCUAUUGUUAUGGCAAGGGAUGCUGAUAUGGACUGGAUUCUUCAUCUUGAUACUGAUGAAUUAAUACACCCGGCUGGUGCUCGGGAGUAUUCUUUAAGGCAGUUGCUUCUUGAUGUUCCAGGAAAUGUUGAUAUGGUCAUAUUUCCUAACUAUGAGAGCAGUGUUGAGCGAGAUGAUAUCAAAGAACCUUUCAGUGAGGUAUCAAUGUUUAAGAAGAAUUAUGAUCAUCUUCCAAAAGAUACAUACUUUGGCAUGUAUAAAGAUUCUGUACGUGGCAAUCCAAACUACUUCCUGACUUAUGGAAAUGGAAAAUCAGUUGCCAGGAUACAAGAUCAUCUUCGGCCUAAUGGUGCACACAGAUGGCAUAAUUAUAUGAAAACUCCAAAUGAAAUCAAAUUGGAAGAGGCUGCUGUUUUACAUUACACAUACGCCAAAUUCUCAGACUUAACUUCUAGACGUGAUCGAUGUGGUUGCAAACCUACAAAAGAAGACGUCAAAAGAUGCUUCAUGUUGGAAUUUGACAGAUCUGCAUUCAUCAUUGCUUCAACUGCGACUGAAGAUGAAAUGAUGAAGUGGUAUCAUGAGCAUGUUGUGUGGGGUGAUAAAGACCUGAAGAUUAAACUGUUGAGGAAGGGAAUAUUGACUCGCAUAUAUGCUCCUAUGGUCAUAAUACAAAGUUUGAGGGAAUCUGGAGUCUUCAGUUCUGUCAUUGCAUCUGCCCCAACACUUUCCAAAGAAAUUUUUUUGCUGUCAAUUAAUGGUAGUAACUCAACAAGAGCUGUUGCCUCUGUAUCCCUCCCUUCCAGAAAGAUUGGAAGAACCAAAGAAUCUCAAGCAACCAUAAGGAAAGUUUUGGAUAUUGAAUCUGCUGCAUUUCAUGAAGUGGCUGUACCACCACUGUCUCCACCAGGAGUAGAUGAUAAUAACCUCAAUUCACACUCUUGAUGAAUCUCAGAGCAACCUUCCUUCCUCCUCCCAUUUUAGCAUUUCGUUUGUCCUGUGAUAUGCAGCAGUGGAAGAAUCUUUAGAAGAGCAAGUUGGGUGCUUUUUCUGGUGAUCUAAGCUUUAAAUAUAUUUGAUGCUUGAUUGCUGUCCAAGUGCCACAUAUUUGUGGUCAGUGACUUGUUUUGGGGUUGGAUGGCCCUUGAUGAAAAUAGUUUGAUAUCUUGUUUCAGCCAUUUUUUCUGUACAGAAAACUAUGUGCCACCUUGUGUGUAAUUCUUUUUUAUGCCUUUUCACAUCCAGAACUAAAAUUGUGACUAGGAUAGUAGGAUUUGAUCACACUCAUUUCAAUUAUUUUUUUUGUAUCAUAUAUUCAAUUAUGUCGAAGCAUAUGUAAAGUUAUUAGCCAACCAUGACAUGCUAUUGGUGAGUGUGGAGUAUUUCUUGUUUCCCUAGUGCUAGUAAUAUUCGUAGUCAUAUUAUAAGAA